AGAAGAUUCAUCUGAUUCAACUGGAGAUGGCUCCCUUCCCUAAUUUAUAGCUCCAUUCCUGAGGUUUUCUCCUUCUUGGCUCAGUGUGAGCAGACAGAGAGCAAAGGAUGGUUGCAAACCCUGCAGAGAGCUCAGCACAGAGGCAGAACUGCCCCUCCACAGGCUGGCGGCACAGCCAAACCCCAACCUCUUUCUUGUCCUUUUUGGGGCUUUGCUAAACCUGGAAAGGAAAUGAAUUCCAAAGGCAGGAAAUGACCCAGAGACGAUAACAAUAUAUGAAAAACUAAGCCUUUGCUUCCGCCACUUUGUUUCAAACUAUUCUAAUCUGUGUCCCAGGAAGCCUAACCCAUUGCCAGAUGGCAAUCUGUUUUCAGAUGCCUCUUGGCAUCUGCCACUCCCGGCUGGUGACAUUUACACGUUUCUGAAGACAAACCUGUCCCCACAUCUUCAAACUUCCGGAGAGGUGUAGCCCCAGGAAAGUCCUGACAGUACAGCCCAUCUGAUCUGCCUCAUCUGCAGCUCAGCUGCUGCUGGCCUCCAGCCUAGAACUGGAGCACACUGAGUCUGUUCUUGAAGAUUUGCAGAAUCUGAAAUCAAAGUGCCCCUUGCUGCCAGGAAAGGCUGGCUCCUGCUUCUGCUGCAUAAUCCUUUCUCACCAGGCGUUCCUGAAGAAACCUAGUGAGUCAGAAAGGAAGAAAACGUGUCUGAAGGCGAUCUGGGGGUGGCCUGGUCCCUCUCAUUGCUUCUGAAAAUUCCCUCCUGGUUUGCAAUGCAGGUAUUGCGCAGCGAUGCACAGCUAUCAAGUACCACUUUUCGCAGCCAAUCCGCUUACGAAACAUUCCAUUCAAUUUAACUAAGACAAUACAGCAAGAUGAAUGGCACCUGCUUCAUUUAAGAAGAAUCACGGCUGGCUUCCUGGGCAUGGCUGUAGCUGUCCUGCUGUGUGGCUGCAUCGUGGCCACGGUCAGCUUCUUCUGGGAGGAGAGCCUGACCCAGCACGUGGCUGGACUCCUGUUCCUUAUGACAGGGAUAUUUUGCACCAUUUCUCUCUGCACGUAUGCUGCCAGUAUCUCUUACGAUUUGAACCGACUCCCGAAGCUGAUUUACAGCCUGCCUGAUGAUGUGGAACAUGGCUACAGCUGGUCUAUCUUCUGUGCCUGGUGCAGUUUAGGUUUUAUUGUGGCAGCUGGAGGUCUCUGCAUUGCUUAUCCAUUUAUUAGCCGGACCAAGAUUGCACAUCUAAAGUCUGGCAGGGACUCUACAGUAUGACUGCACUCCAGGUACCUGCCCACAGUUUGAGUGACUCUGCAGGCGAGAGGAAUGGAGUUUACAUCAGGAUCCCAAGCACAACGCAGUCUCUUACAUUCCAGCCUGUUGUAUGCAGCCCUUUUCUGGAUGACUGACAGCAAAUCAUGCAAAACCACACAACCUUUCGAAGGACAAACCGAUGGUGGAUUCAAAGUGCUUUAAUGACUGUUUCUGCUUUGACUGUGAGACAAAGAAGGAGCUGUGGCAUGGGGCAUUUCUAAGGGUCAGAAAAGAGAAACUGCAAUGGAAAAAAAAUUUGUAUAAUUUCCAUUUAUUUCCGAGAGUUUGUAUAUAACAAUUACCUGAGAGUCAUUUCUAUAUGCAAAAAAAAAAAGAUUCGUAAUCAACGCAAUUAUAAUUUUCUUGUCACUGUACUAGGCUUGUUAAGUUUUGACCCACAGCUUUAGAACUUGUCCUACUGGUGUCUUGUGGUGUCAGAGCCCGGUAUUUGUGUAUUAUUUGUGGAUGUUCCUUGUUACAGGAGGGUUCUUCUUUGCCUUAUUAUUAUUAUUUUAAUUGGAAGUCUGCUCUCUGUCUUUGUACUGGAGUCAAAAGCAUAAGAGAAACAGAUCAACCAUGUAAGAGCUAAUCCGUGACACUAUGCAGUAUUGUUUGAAGUCCUUUCUGUUGUUCAGCUUCUGUCUAUGUUAACUGGAUUUCUGCAUUAAAUGACUUCUCCCUUGUUAA